CGAUGUUAUAGCAUCCCAUCCCUACUACCAAUUAACCUAACCUGACAUUUUGCGUUUAUAUUUAUUUAAUCUCUACAAGCAAUAUCGCUAAACUUGGACUUUAACACUGAUAUUGAACUGCUCGAUUUAAUAAACACCUAUACAUUGAAUGCAUUAAGAUGUCUUUAUGGAAUUGCUUAGUUAAAUGUUCUUCGAAACAGGAUCUAUACAAAGUGCCAGUACGGUACUUAAAUCUGCUGGAAUAUCAAAGCAAAAAUCUUCUAAGGAAGAGUAAUGUGGCUAUUCAAGAUUUUUGCAUGAUUGAUGAAAAUGGGGAGCAAGGAUUGGACAAGUUUAAUGCCAAGGAAUAUGUAAUAAAGGCACAAAUCCUAGCUGGGGGCAGAGGAAAGGGUCAUUUCGACAACGGCUUUAAAGGCGGGGUGCACAUUACCGAAAAACGAAAUGAAAUAACAUCAAUUGUGAAACAAAUGCUGGGCCACAACCUUAUCACCAAACAAACACCCAAGGAAGGAAUCCCUGUUAAGAAAAUUAUGAUCGCUGAAAGUGUAAAUAUAAAAAGAGAAACAUAUCUGUGCAUACUGAUGGAUAGGCAAAGGAAUGGACCUGUUAUCAUUGCCUCUCCCGCUGGAGGCGUAGACAUUGAAAGCGUAGCCGAAAAAACCCCAGAACUUCUUAAAAACAUCCCCAUUGAUAUCUUCGAAGGAAUUACGGAUAAGAUGGCAAACGAACUAGCGGAAUUUCUCGAAUUCAAAGGCGACUUAAAGGCCAAAGCAGCAAGUGAAAUCAAAAAGCUUUGGAACUUGUUCGUCACAGUUGAUGCCGUACAAAUAGAAAUUAAUCCUCUUGUAGAAACAGACGACGGCAAAGUAAUCGCAGUUGAUGCCAAACUUAACUUUGAUGACAAUGCAAAAUACAGACAAACAGACGUUUUUGGCAUGGAAGAUGUAACUGAGAGCGAUCCAAGGGAAGUGGAAGCAGCUAAAUUCAACCUGAAUUAUAUUGGAAUGACUGGGAAUAUUGGGUGUUUGGUUAACGGGGCGGGCUUGGCGAUGGCAACGAUGGACAUCAUAAAGCUCUACGGCGGAGAUCCAGCCAAUUUUCUGGACGUUGGAGGCAGCGUUAAAGAAGAACAAGUUAGGGCAGCAUUCAAAAUCAUCACCUCAGAUCCCUCAGUCAAAGCAAUUUUAGUAAACGUUUUUGGGGGCAUCGUAAAUUGUGCAACAAUCGCAAAUGGAAUUGUAGGCGCAAUUAAAACAGAACCCCUGAAAGUUCCCCUUAUUGUGAGGCUGGAAGGCACGAAUGCCAGCGAAGCGCGGAAGAUAAUUAAGGAAUCUGGUUUGGAUAUACAAAUUGCACAGACUCUUGAUGAAGGAGCUGAAAAGGCGGUUAAAUCCCUGCAAUAGUUUGCAGCAGAAAAACUGUGAUGAGUUUUAUAAUUCAACACAAUUUAAACUAGGUUAAAAAAUUGCAAAUCAAAUCCGGGCAACCAGAAUUUAUUUCUGAUUUGCCAAUUCAAUUGAGACAAUAAGUAAUUGAGUGUGUGAAUGCUUUUUAUCUUUUUUAUUCAUACGAAAACAAACAUUUUUAAAAGUUGAAA